ACAAUGAAUUCAAGAUAUGACAAGAACACUUUAAUUAAAUAAGAUACAUCGUUACAUAUUAUAUAAUAUACAAUAUAGAUCUACAGGAAGUUUUCAUCGUAGUAAUUUGUGCAAGAUGAAAAUUUGUAUCGUUGGUGCGGGUGCAGCAGGGCUAGCAGCUUUGAAACACAGUUUAGACGAAGGCCAUGAUUGUGAGCUUUUCGAACAAACUGGGUUCAUUGGAGGGGUAUGGAAGUAUGUCGAUAAAGUGGGUCUCGAUGAAUUCGGAUUGCCUAUUCAUACAUCUAUGUAUGAAGAUCUUAGGACCAACCUACCAAAGGAAGUUAUGUUGUUCGAAGAUUUUCCUUAUAAAAAAGAACUAACUCUCUCAUAUAUUUCCUUCCAAGAAGUUCAUGAAUAUAUGGAAGCGUAUGCAGAAUUCUUCAAACUAUCAACACAUAUCAAGUUAUAUCAUCAUUUGGAGGCUGUCAGUCCAAUACCUGGAGGAAAAUGGUCGGUACGAGUGAGGAAUCUUGAAAUGAAUUUAAUUGAAAUGAAGGAAUUCGAUAGUAUCAUGAUUUGUGUUGGCAACUAUUCAGAUCCAAUAGUUCCAGAACUACCCGGAGAAAAUGAAUUUGGAGGAAGCAUGAUACAUAGUCACGAUUAUAGGAACACAAAUCCAUACAAGAAUAAAAGAGUAUUAGUAGUAGGAGUCGGACCUUCUGGAAUUGAUAUCGCCAGAAAGGUCCACGCAGUAGCAAAGAAGGUAGUUCUGUGUAAAAGAUCAACAAAAACUGGGUUCGGACUGAAGAUAGCUGACGGCGUUAUAGUUAAGCCAGAAAUCGAUGAAAUGUCGGAGAAGAUUGUUAAAUUCAUUGACGGAUCUGAAGAAGAAAUUGAUGACGUCAUUUUAUGCACAGGGUACAGAUUUUCGUUUCCAUUUUUGACUCCACAAUGUGGUCUUGAAGUUGAUGAUCAUUACGUCAAAUAUCUCUACAAACAUACUAUAAAUGUUGAAUAUCCAUCAAUGGCAUUCAUUGGGAUACCAAAGAAUCUCCCACUUUUUCCUUUGUACUGUUUACAGGCACGAUUCUACUUGGCAUUUCUGAGAGGAAAUUUCACAGUGACUAAAGAAGAAAUGAGACAAGACGUUGAGAAAUUUUUGGAAAAAUUUGAACAAUCUGAAGAACAACCAAACACGAAAGUCGGUAAGGAAUUCAAGCAGUUUUUGGAAGACCUGGCUACCCUGGCCAACAUAACGCCAAUGAAACCAGUAAUCCCAAACAUUUUCGAACAUCUGAUCAAAGAAGGAUUUGGAAAUUUCAAUAUGAGAUAUACAAUAUUGAAUGACGAUGAUUUCGAACAAAAUGCAUUAUGACGAUAAUGAUGUUUGCAUACACACAAAACAGAACUAAAUAGUGUGAAGUAAAUAAAUUCAUUAAUGAAGAACUCGACCUUUUGAAUAAGUCCUGAAUUUCGU